UAUCACAGCAAGGAUACUUUGUAGAUUACUCUAUACAAGUAAAAAUUCUUUUUUAUACAAUAGUUUCUAAAUGCGAAAUCUUUUUGAAAAUCGUCAAUUGACCUAAGCCAUCCGAUUAACAGUAGGUAUUUAAAGAAUUGAAAAGUUUAGAGGGUGCAUAAAUUGUUUGACGUAUACAAAAUGAGCUCUGCACAUACUAAAAUAUGUGCAUAAUCUAUAGUUGUUUUCAAAGUAUAAAGUGAUGAGACUUACAAUUCAUAAAUAGUACGUAGUAAGAGAAAAAGUUACCAGUUUGUGAAAUGCUAUGGGUGCGUUUUUCAGAUUUCUUAUUAAUUUUUAAUGCAUCUGGAAAAUGCAGUUUAUGCUUGCGAUCCUUAAGUCUUCAAUAAGUUAUUUUCAAAUUGAUUUUUGUUACUUUUCUACUAGCUGGGUAGAAAUAAUGAAUGCCUUCUAACGGAUGGUAUACUAAAACAGAAAAAACGCCUCAUUUCAUUUUUGCUUUCUACAUUUCUGUUUUGAUUCUUGUACAAUUAUGAAAAUUCCAAUAAUUCAUUGGACAUUAAAUUACAGUCUUUAUUUCCUUGGUUUUUGGCCAAAUAAACCGAAUCUUAUUAACCAACUGCUAUUAUGUUCAUCGCUUGUUGUGAUUUGUCCUUUUCAAUUGAUAGAUGUUAUAAAAUUUUCCCAUGAUAAAGCAAGAAUGGUGGAUGGGAUUCGCGAUUUAGCUGCAAUUAUAUUCAUAUGCACUAAAUUUUUACUUAUCCGUUACAAUCGGAGUUAUUUGUAUUCACUAUUCAACGAAGUGGAAGAAGAUUGGAAAAUUUUAAAAGAUUCUCAGGAAAUUGAAAUAAUGAUGAAAUAUGCAAAGUACGCUCACACAUUUUGUAUUUGUGAAUGGUGGCUUUAUUCAACUACUAGUUUUGCAUAUUUUGUUGAAUUUUUCGUACUUUUCUUCUCUCAUUCAUCAGAGGAAGACAAAAUGCUGUUAAUACCAGCAACAUAUCCAUUUGACGUUAAUUAUACUCCAAUUUUUGUUUCAAUGUCAAUUUUUCAAAGUGCACUCCUAACAUUGUGGGUUAGUGCUAACGCUGUCUCGGAAACAUUACUCAGUACAUUGGUAUUUCAUCUGGUUGGUAGAAUUGAGAUAUUAAUGAAAGAAAUUAGUGAAAUAACUUUUCCUUCCAAUUCAUCGUCUGAUAAUAAAUAUUUAAUAACAUUUAUCAAAAAUAUUGUAAAGAAACAUAGAAAACUAAUACUCAUGAGUCAUAAAAUUGAGUCUAUUUAUAGUUAUAUUUGCUUUACACAAUUUCUUGCUAGCACACUUUUGCUCUGUUUAACAGGAUUUUUAAUCAUAACUUCUGUGGAUGCACUUGACAUAUUUCUAAUAGUAAAAUACAUAUGUUUUAUAUGUCUCUCAUUACUGCAGGCAUUUGCUUUCUGUUUUUCUGGUGAAAUUCUUCUUUCUCAGAGUUUGAAUAUUCCUCAGUGUGUAUGUAAUUGUUCAUGGUAUGAGACAACGCCGGAAAAUAUCAAACUAUUAUUAAUGGUUAUUAUGAGAACACAAAAACCAAUGACACUAACGGUUGGAAAAUUUACUGAAUUAUCUGUUGGCAGUUUUACAAGGAUUUUGCAAACAGCAUUUUCUUAUUUGUCAGUAUUGCGGACGGAAAUAAAUGAAUUUCUCCUAAUAUUAAAAAAAAAAGAACCCCAUUCGUUUUCAUUUUCUGUCUUUCUACGGUUCUUGCCAUAUAUAAUUAUGGAAAUUCCAAUCAUUCAUUGGACAUUAAAAUACAAUCUUCAUUAUCUCGGUCUUUGGCCAAAUAAAUCAAAUCCAAUUGCCCAAUUGCUUCUAUGUUCCACGCUUGUUGUGAUUUGUCCCUUUCAAUUGGUUGACGUUAUAAAAUAUUCCCACAUCAAACUAAGAGUGUUGGAUGGUAUUCGCGACAUGAUUGCACUUACAUUCAUAAUCACAAAAUUUUUACUUAUCCGUUUCAAUAAAAGUAAGUUGCACUCGCUUUUCAACGAAAUAGACCAAGAUUGGAAGAAUUUAAAAGACCCUAAGGAAAUUGAUAUAAUGAUGAAAUAUGCAAAGUAUGCACAAAAGUUUUGUACUUGUCAAUGGUGUCUUUAUGCAACUACUGGUUCCUCAUAUCUUCUAGAAUUUUUAGCAAGAUUACUCACGCAUCCAGAGGAUGAAGAGAGUCAGUUAUUAAUACCAGCAACAUAUCCAUUUAAUGCUAAUUAUACACCAAUUUUUGUAUCAAUGUCAAUUUUUCAAACUGUACUCUUAACAUUGUGGGUUAAUGCUAACGCUUUGCCUGAGACAUUACUUAGCACAUUGGUAUUUCAUCUAGUGGGUAGAAUUGAAAUUUUAAUGAAAGACAUUAGUGAAAUAACUUUUUCUCCCAGUUCAUCAACUGAUAAUAAAUAUUUAGUAACAUUUAUCAGGGAUAUUGUAAAGAAACAUAAAAAAUUAAUAGUUAUGAGUCAAAAAAUUGAAUCUAUUUUUACUUAUGUUUGCUUUACUCAGUUUCUUACAAGCACUCUUUUGCUCUGUCUAACAGGAUUCUUAAUGAUAUCUUCUGUGGAUUCACUUGAUGUAUUUUUAAUAGUAAAAUAUGUAUUGUAUAUAUUAUUCUCAUUACUGCAGGCAUUUGCCAUCUGUUUUUCUGGAGAAAUUCUACUUUCCCAGAGUUUAAAUAUUCCUCAAUGUGUAUGUAAUUCUUCAUGGUAUGAAACAACGCCAGAGAAUGUCAAGCUUUUAUUAAUGGUUAUUAUGAGAACACAAAAACCAAUGACACUAACUAUUGGAAAGUUUGCCGAAUUAUCUAUAAUCAGCUUUAUAGGGAUUUUACAGACAGCAUUUUCAUAUUUGUCAGUGUUACGGGCAACGUAUUGAAAAUAAAUGAAACAUAUUAAAAGUAAAAUUCAAAUAACUUUAUUACUACAAAUGAAAGGUAAAAAAAGUUUGUUUUUAGAUAACCUAUCUGAAAAUUAGCAAAAAUAUAUUGGCGUAAUAAAUUUUUUUUCAAUUUGCGGAAACUGGAAAUAAAGUGGAUAUCAGAUUUUAAUUAUAGGCUAUAAGUUUAGAUAAUAAGAUAAAAAAUGUAUGAAAAAAAUGAUUUUUCAAUUGUUUAAAAAUUAACUGUGUUUGAAUUUAGACGCCGCCACAUAAUUAUAUCCAUGUUAAAUUAUAGAGGAACAAGAAAUAUUUAAUAUAUAUUUUUUGAAAGGAUGAGGCAAGACCACAGAAGAUUCCUCAAGAGUUACAAUAAGAAAUUCCAUAAAAUUUAGAAAAAUUAUUAGAAAUUCAAAUUUUGCAUAAGGUUUAACUACACUCAGAGAAAUGGUAUAUUUGUCUCCGAGCCUACUAACUCAUUUAUUUGUUGCAAAUAUAUUUUAUUUCAUUGAAAUAAAAAAUUUAUUUGAGGCAAAGAAAAAUUUAUUUCUGACAAAUAAAACUUUUAUUUACGCCAAAUAAAUAAGUUAGUAGGCUCUGAGACAAAUAUACGUUUAUUUAACUCAAAUAUAUUUUAUUUGGUUCAAAUAAAUCAUUUCUCUGCGUGUAAUACCCUUCAAUCAUAUAUUAAUUCAGAAAUUAUACCAAAAUUAUGACUAUAAAGAUUAAAGAAGACAAACGAUAUUAACCAUUUUUCGAUAUCUUUUUAAAUAAAAGUUUUAGUAUUAAAAAUCAUUAUACCCUAUAUAGAUAUAUUUACUACAAACAUUCAUGAAAAUGAAUUUCUGAGUAUUUAAACAUGUAAAUAUUUGGUACUUUUCAAGUGUUGAAGUUACUUUAAUGUUACUUUUACCACAUGUUUUGGGAUAUAUUUAUGAUAAUCGAUUUUAAACACAGAAAGAAAGCUUCAUCUGGAACAGCGAAAAGUUUCACUAGAAUAGUGAAACAGAUUUAUAUGAAAAAAUUCAAACUUUUGAUAUUCUAUGUGAAACCUUGCCCUAUUCCAGGUACAUCUCUUUUUCCGUGAAUGACUCUUGUUAAUGAUUUUAUGACAAACAUAUAAAAAAAAUGGACCAAGUCCAAAAAUGUUAAUGUAAUUGCACGAGAAUUGAUUCUAUUUGUUCAAAUGACAUUAAAAUAGUUUACUUUUAUUAAAA